UCGUCACUGGUGGUUCCUCAGCUGUCGCAAACUGUCAACUUAACAUAGCCGUGCCCAGCUUGCUGUACACUUAGUUACGCACACAAGUAUCACAGACACACAAAUUCAAAGAAUUUUAAAAGGCAUGAGUGUUUUGGGUAACACUCGGCGUCAACAAUCGGAGUGGAAAACAUAGAGGGACCAUAAACAGGGGACCAGACUUCAUCAUGAGGUCCUGAGGUGAGGAGGCAUUUUGGUCUGCUGAUUUGUUUAACAAACCUAUACUGAUCAUACGGCACUCAAGUCAUUGCCAGUAGGUGAAGAACUCAUUCACAGAUUUUUGCCAACACUGGAUUUGUAAAUUCGCUGUGAGAUCUACACAAAUUUGGACAAAAGGCCAGGCGAUAGUGACCAGACAACACCAUGGAUCAGGAGGAUGACAAAAACUCUGUGGACAUCCAUGACAACCCUCCAGCCCCAGAGAAUGUUGUGAGAGAAGAUGGAGACACUGUCUACUUCAUAUAUGAGGAGGAGGUUGAGGUGGAGGAGAAGGAACCGGAACCUCCUCCAGAGCCUGUCCUUCGGAUCAACGACAAACCCCAUAAGUUUAAAGACCAUUACUGCAAGAAACCCAAGUUCUGUGACGUCUGUGCUCGAAUGAUAGUUUUAAACAACAAGUUUUGUCUGAGGUGCCGAAACUGUAAGACGAACAUCCACCAUUCAUGUCAGUCUUAUGUGGAGUUCCAGCGGUGCUUUGGUAAAAUUCCGCCUGGUUUCCGAAGGGCCUACAGCUCUCCCCUGUACAGCAGUGACCAACCUGAUCCAAACAACCCAAACCGGAACGACCCAGUCUUUGACACCCUGAGGGUCGGUGUCAUCAUGGCCAACAAAGAGCGCAAAAAGAAUGAAAAUGACAAGAAAAACAUGAUGAUGAUGAUGGAGGAGGAGGAAGAGGAAAACCAACAACCAAAAGAGAAUGAAGAGGGGGGAGAAGGAAAGCCGGAGGACAAAAAAGAGAAAGGAGGGGACAAGGCAGAUGACAAGAGUAAGGGGACGUUCACCGGAUCCCACUACUACUUGGCACUCUACCGAUUCAAGGCCAUUGAGAAGGAUGAUCUCGACUUCCACCCUGGUGAUCGGAUCACAGUACUGGAUGACUCCAAUGAAGAGUGGUGGAGGGGAAAAAUGGGGGAGAAGACCGGAUAUUUCCCCACUAACUACAUCAUAAAAGUUCGUGCAUCAGAAAGAGUCUACAAGGUGACCCGCUCGUUCGUCGGGAACCGAGAAAUGGGACAAAUAACUCUCAAGAAAGAUCAGAUUGUGGUGAAGAAAGGAGAUGAAAAAGGAGGCUACUUGAAGGUCAGCACUGGACGCAAGCUGGGCUACUUCCCCGCUGAUCUGCUGGAGGAGAUCACUUGGACAUGAGAUCAGUGUGACAUGAAGACCACGACAUGGCAUGAAAAAGCCUCCAGCACACUCUGAAUAUCAGCAACAACUGCACACGUCCCUGUCCGACAAAUCCAAGAUUUUUUUCUUCUUUUUUUUUU